GACACCGCGCAUGCUCCGUAGUAGUCUCCUUCAUCGUGCCCUGUCCCCGUUAUAUUGAGCACUAAGCUAGGCUAACUGUCAAUCUGCUCCGCAGCAUCACGCUCCAGGGACGCUCCGGGCUUUGCACACUCCCUUUGCAAACACCUUAGCUGCUUUGCACAAUGGCUGUCCCUCCAUCAUACUCAGACCUGGGCAAGGCUGCCAAGGAUAUAUUCAGCAAGGGCUAUGGCUUUGGUGUUGUGAAGCUGGACCUCAAGACCAAGUCGCAAAGCGGAGUGGAGUUCAACACAUCUGGCUCCAGCAACACAGACACGGGGAAGGCUUCAGGAAACCUGGAGACCAAAUACAAAAUGAAGGAGCUGGGCCUGAGCGUCAACCAGAAAUGGAACACAGACAACACGCUGGCUACUGAGGUCACUGUGGAGGAUCAGCUGGCUCAGGGGCUGAAGGUAGCUCUGGAUACCUCUUUUGUACCAAACACAGGGAAGAAGAGCGGCAAGCUGAAGACCGGCUACAAGCGCGACUAUGUGAACCUGGGCUGUGACGUGGACUUCGAGGGUCCCAUCAUCCAUGCUACUGCUGUGUUGGGCUAUGAAGGCUGGCUGGCCGGCUACCAGAUGGCCUUCGACACAGCCAAAUCCAAACUGGCCCAGAACAACUUCGCCCUUGGAUACAGGGCUGGAGACUUCCAGCUUCACACCAACGUUAAUGACGGCACUGAGUUCGGUGGCUCCAUCUACCAGAAGGUGAAUGACGAGCUGGAGACGGCGGUCACUCUGGCGUGGACCGCUGGCAGCAACAACACUCGCUUCGGCAUCGCCACCAAAUACAAGCUGGACAAAGAUGCCUCUCUGUCUGCCAAAGUGAACAAUGCCAGUCUGAUUGGAGUCGGCUACACCCAGAGCCUUCGGCCAGGUGUUAAGGUCACCCUCUCGGCCCUCAUCGAUGGGAAGAACUUCAAUGCCGGCGGACACAAAGUCGGCAUGGGCUUCGAGCUCGAGGCAUAAACAGGAGAGCCACCAACGAAGAAAAAUAGCCCAAAUCAGCACUCUACCCCCAACCCUCCAUCACUACCACCACCUUCAUGUAGUUCCUCCUCUCUGGACUCUCCCCCACACUCCCCCCCGUUCACACCCCCAACAAGCAUUUCUGACAGAAAUAGUCGAGCCUCAGCUCAAACAUCCUCGAGAGGAGUCAUGAUCCUGAAACUGGACGUGUGUCGUCGUGGAUAAAUUCUUCUGGCUAUUGAAGUGACACUAUUUAUUUCCCUGUAGGAUGAAGUAGUCGUUGAUGUAAAUGUGUAGCUCGUUACAGCUUCAGUUGCUCCUAAAAGCAUGUAAGAAUGAAAAACGUGGAUGCAGAGCUUAAAGCUUAUUCGCCGAUUGUCUGUUUUGUCUUUUUCUUUAUCAGUUUGAACACUUUUGGCUGCGAUCCGUGGACUUUUUAAUUGUGUCAGCGUUUUGAUACAACACAUUUCAUGACUGAAUUACUGGUUAAAGUUGCGAGGCACGGGCUGAUUGGUGCAUUUAGCUUUUAGCACAGCCUUACAGGAAUAUUAGAAGUCAGUGCAGAUGCUCUGGAAUGAUCUUUAAAUCCUUCGUGACAUUUCAUUUUGGUAGGUGAAAUCAAUGUUGCGGAAUCUUCUGGUAGGUCAAGUAGUUAGUUUGCAUUUCUACAGUGUUGUUUUCAUCUAUCUGUCUGUCACAAAGAGGAUGUUCUACAUCUGCUUGUAGGUAUCUCAGCAGCAGCAAAGGCCCGCUGCUUCCUCAUGUUGCUCGGGGUCUGCUAUCCCUGAAAGCCUCUCAAAAAAAAUCUUCUCAGACCUGAACAUAAAAGUACUUGUCAUCUGAGUGAUUCAACUCCAAAGGAUAAUACAAGGGUGAUGUGUUUCCCCACGCGACUCUCCUGUCUCUUUCUUUGCUAAAUGUGUUUUGUUUUCCAGUCUGAUUAUGUCAUCAUGACCAUAAGGCUGGUUUUUCUUUGUCACUUAGACACAGUACCUCAUUUUUUCCAAUGUAUACUAAAGGAAUUCUAAUAUAAUAAAAAAGAUUUGGAAAAACAA